CACGUUCCUCUCCUGUUUCUUCUACUCUCUUUCUCUCAUCUCUCCCCUAGUUUCUUUCUUCCCCCACAGCCCAUCUCCCUGCCCAUUCCAUCUUUGUUCAAUCCCCUGUUCUUUUCUUGUCUUUUAAUUUUCCCCUUAUUUUAUUGCAAAAUCCUACAUCCAAAAUCUCUCCAAUCAUAGGCAUUCACAAAGAAACUUAUUUUUUUUAAAAGAAUAGAAAUUAAUAAUAUUAGGAGAUAUUUCGAAAAAAAAAAUCUUACCCCCACGACAUGAAAGGUGAGUAUGUAGAACCCAAAAAUGGAAACCCCAACAUGUUUUCCAAACUCCACCACCCUCACCAUCAACACCAACACCAACACCAAAAUCAUCCUUUCUCUCAUCAUUUCCAACUCGCUCGUGAUUCCCAAACCCCUGACUCCGAUGACACCAGCCACACCACCACCCCUCCCCCCAAAGACCUGGCCACCAACCUCAACUCUUCUCUCCCUAGUGGUGGCAGCGCCGGUGGUGCUAGCGGUGGCGAUGGGUCUACCAUUGAAGUCGUUCGUAGACCCAGAGGUCGACCUCCUGGCUCCAAGAACAAACCCAGACCACCCGUCAUCAUCACUCGUGAAUCUGACCCCGCCAUGAGUCCUUACAUUCUAGAAAUCCCUGGAGGAAACGAUGUCGUCGAAGCUAUUUCCAGCUUCUCUCGUCGCAAAAACAUUGGAAUCUGUGUACUUGCAGGAUCUGGAACUGUCUCCAACGUAACUCUCCGUCAGCCUUCAACUACUCCAGGAGCUACCGUAACUUUCCAUGGAAGAUUAGACAUCUUAUCCCUCUCCGCCACGUUCCUACCCGAAACGACGUCGUGUCAUGUGCCCAACACGUUUUCAAUCUCUUUGGCGGGUCCUCAAGGGCAGAUCGUUGGAGGGUUCGUAGCUGGCUCGUUGGUAGCAGUUGGCACUGUGUUUAUAGUAGCUGCUACGUUUAACAAUCCUUCUUAUCAUCGGUUACCUGGAGAAGAAGAAGCAAGGAAUACGGUGUCGUCUGGUGGUGGUGGUGAAGGGCAAUCGCCGCCGUUGUCUGUUGGCGGUGGAGAUAGUGGUCACGGUGGCGGGGCAGAUUCUUGUGGGCCGGUUUCGAUGUAUAGUUGUCAUUUGAGUGGAUCAGAUGUGAUUUGGGCUCCAACUGCUAGACCACCACCGCCUCCACCGCCUUUCUAAUGAGUUAAAAGUUUUAGCCUUUCGAGCUUUUCUUAUAAAAUUUUCUUCUCUGGGAGCACUGUGAAUUAAUGGGGUUUAGACGACCGUUCUUUUUUCUUGGGUUUAUGUAGUCUUUUGUACUUUUGUUCCAUCAUAUGAUCAUUAAUUACCUUUGCUUAAAUCUUAAUUUUGAUAUUUUAUAAUUAUCAGUUAAAUUCUUUGUUGAUCUAAGAGAAAAUGUGCUUCAAACAAUUUCAAGCUUCGGAGAAGCUGAGAAAGCAUAGUCAUUGGCUUUGCCUUCGAUUGAGCUGAGACGACCCUGAAUAAUCAUCUUCAACUAGGGCGUGGGUUAUCAAAUUUGUCAAACAUCAAAAUCGAAAUUUCUUCUGGGUUUUUGUUCUCUCUGUUUUUAUUACAUGUUAGAUAUUUGCCAGAUUCUUUUUCCUUAAUAUUUGUUGGGGUAAAAUGAGGUGCAAAUGGAAGAGAGAGCUGAGCUCUGCUUAGCUUUGCUUUGAAGUUUGAAACUGAUCAUACAUAUCUCUGCACUUCUGCAAGCAGCAGCAGCAGCAGCUGCACCACUGGCUGACAGAUAAUGCAGCUGACUCGAUUGAUCGUUUCUUUUAUUUUUCCCAUCUUCUUCGUUGAGAUUAAGCGUAUGCCAGAAGAAAACAUGGCUAGGGUUAUGCCUGCCAGUUUCUUUUCAGUGCUGCUAACAGAGAAAAAGUGAAAAUAAAAAGAAAGAUGGUUUCGGUUUGCUUUUUGUCCAAUACCUUCUUGAAAGUUCUUACGCCACGUUUAAUGGCAGUAUUUUUCUCUUAAUUUAUUAUUAUUUUUCUCUCUUUUCUGUCUGAUCAUAUAUGUACUUUGCUUUGUCUCUUUCUAAUUUUUGCAUCUUUUUCUUUGAUGGGAAAAAAGAAGACAAUGAUGAAAGCAAAGAUAAGGUUGUGGAUGGGGGGACUCACUGGCCCUCUCUCCGUAAAAUCAAUCUUCGAUUCUCGAGCAGCUGCUGUUGCUCUUGCCUGCUGAAUACUACUGGCUACUGCUUUCUCACCCGAAUGAGUUAAACGACACUUGUGUUUGGCUCUGAAUGGUCAUAUUUCAUGGUGAUAAGACACUUAUUGCCUGAUUCUAUCAGUUUUUGCUUUCUUUCUCUUUCUUAAAAAAUUUUGCAGAUUGUUUUGUUAUUAUUG